GCAGUCACCUUCAGCACCUCUAGAUCUUAACUACAAAGCCAGAAAAUAUAUUAAACUUGCCGCAUUAGAAGCUUUGCUGGUUUGCAAAUGCAUCCUAAGCCACUCGUCGACCUAUGUAUAGACUUGGUGGUGCAAGCAACAGUGUGUUAUCAGCGUUAUUGUCGCGAUGAUGAGGCUGUCUGGUAUGAAGUAGACCAAGUGUGGGCGGACCUGUGGUAUCUGCCGCCUUGUGUUCCUGCUCGUGCAGCACACCUCCUCCACGCCCACCUCCUGCACGCUCAUAUAUUACAUGACCGUCUUGAAUGUUAUGUUUACGAUAUAACUCGUCCACUUUUGACUCUGCUUGCCAGGGCUCGCAGGAUAGCCAUCGUACCUGUAGAUAGACAGUUUGCAAGUCUUUCUACUCCUGCCGUGUUCUCUGAAUGUGGAGUGUACAAAAGGGAACAUUUAUUGCACGAAUUAGACUUAACAGGAGUCGACUUUGGGUUGGAUAUGAAAGUGUUGUCAGCGCUGCUUCCUGUGUGUCCUGAGCUCAGCAUCCUGAAGCUGGGGGGCAACACCACUCCUGAUGUACUGAAGGCAGCUAAGACUUGUCCUCUCACAGUCUUGCACAUAAGUGAGCGUUCUGCUAAAGAGCCUCGAGUUACUGAAGCUGAGUUAAUAGAAUUAAUUAUUGGCUCCAAAAUCCACAGUUGUACGGAACUCCUCAACAGCGUCCGAGAGGGAAGGACAUUCGAUGUACACCCAUCAUGGCCACAACUUGCUGAUUUCUCUACCGGGCACUGUAAAGUGAAGCAAGACUUUCUAGUUCUCAUUCUCGUAGUUUUCACAAAACUCAAUUACCUAUCAUGCAAAUUACUAGAUAUACAAAAUAUUAUAUGCGCGUAUGACAACUUCAUUAGAGAAUUUCCCGAGCAGCACGUACUUUCCCUGAAAUCUAGCCACAUACGUGCUGACUCGGACUUUUUGUAUACCAUUUCACGCGUUGCACCGGAGAUCGAAGAUCUGAAGCUAAUUUACAGACGAAGAAGUAUACAAAAUAUUGCGAGUGACAUCUUAACGCUUACUGAAGACUUCCCAUACUUGAGAGCUCUGCAUAUUUACGGGAUGAGACAUGCCAGUCAAGGGCAACCUGCACCAGAAGUUUUCGCUUGCAUUGGGGCUCAGCUCAGAAUGUUAGAACUUGACGAAAUUUGCUUGAGAGAUAUCCCAAUGCUGCUUCAAGUAUGCCCUGUUCUUCAGGAUAUAACUUUAACUUUUAAGCAUGGAAUUAAGUGUGACCAUAAAGGCCUUCCCGAAACAUCAUGUUUCGAAAGUGUGAUCUCUCUCAAGGUUAAGUCAUAUCGCUUGAGGCAAGAACCUCUCAACUUCCUCCUCAAAAUGCUACCAAAUUUGCAAACACUUACUGUUCAAGGCAGAGUAGAUAACGUAGAAUUAUUUUUGAGUUACCUCACUCAGCUUUUUGAAUUGAGGACUGUGAAACUGACAGACGUCGACAAUUUGGAUGUAGUGAGCUUAUGCGAGCUGCCAAGACUGACAAGUGAUCGAAGGCCUUGGGAACUGUAUGCUUCUCCCCACAUCCUUAAUCAAUCAGAUAUUAACAGACUGCAGAAUUGUGGCUGGUCUUACAUACCUUUCAGGGAAUAUACAUUUAAGACUGCUAACUUCUUUUCAUUUUCUCAACGGCAAUGGUGAAACCUCUUGGAGGAUCUGCAGUACGAAGAGGAGCAGUGCUGCGUGACCCAUACGGAUUUAACGCUUAUUUCUGAAUAUAAUCUCUUCGAACGGUUCUGUCUAAAACUAAUCUAACACUAUGUGCCGAAUAGGUAAAAUUGAUCAGUUAGCAAGAACUCAUUUAAAAUUAAGUACUUUCUAAAAUUUUCUUUAAUACGUUUAAAGAUAAUUUUUUUAUUUAUGUUAAUGUAAAAAUUAAUAAUUUUGUACCAAAAGAACCUUAGAAAGCUUA